AUGUCAACAGGAAUUGCUAAACAUGAUACUGCGCUAGUUGCUGCUCUGGAUGGUACAGUUCAUUUCCUGGAUCUCAAUUCUAUGAAACCACUCUGGUCGUUUACGUCAGGCCCAGAAAUUUACUCUUCAUAUCAAGCUCCUCUCGACCAUGAUAAUGACAAGGAAAAUGCAUCUGGAAUGGGAAGCGGUUUUUUCAUGGAUUGUGGGGAUGACUGGGAAUUGUAUGCUCACGACAGGCUUGGACCCCCACGGCUGGAUCCAAGUUUAUUCGUGUGGCCCUUCCUCCACCUAUGCGGUCCUCCAUCAGACUCCACUAUCUCGGAAGUCAGUGUUGAGAUCAAGUAUGGAUCAACCUCCUUCUACAUCAUCGGUUUCCCCUUCCCCUUCGCUAACAGCUCUUUGCCACCCUUCAAACGGACUGCUUACCUAUCUCAACCCUUCCCUGGCUCUUUUAAACUUGGGAUAAGUGUUGAGGAGUUCACCCGUUCAACACCACAAAUAACCGAAGAUGGUGGUAUCAUACUUGGCUCUAAAAAAACUACUGUAUUUCUGGUUGAUUCCAAGACAGGAAGGCUUAUCUCCAGUUACAGGAGCUCUGAUGCUCCAACCGCGUCGCAGAACAAUGAAAAGAAUCAGUAUUCUUUGAAGACCACUACAGGGGAACGACAACAGUCCAGGUUUAUGAACCUGAAGACUGAUGAACUGCCACUUUACAUCACGAGGACAGAUUUUGCGCUGAUGUCUUUUGUUCCAAUCUCAAAUAAAGUUCUCUGGAAGUUCACCGUUGCUGAAAUUGGUGCUGCUUUUCUUUGUCAGGGCAUUGAGAAUUCACUCAGUGGGGCGCUUUUGGAUUCAGAGCCCUCUGAAGGUGAUUUACACUUUAGUAUGCCAUUACCAUGUCAAUCAAAGCCUGUUUUCCGGUUGCGCAGUCACAGUAUUUCAGAAUCUUUCACUAGGCCUAGUAGGCUAAUGGAGGCUCAGCAUGAAGAUAUGAUGCUCACAUCGCAUCAUAUUCUUCCUUCACGACCAAAGGUUGGCAAAAUGUCAGAUUUUUCCUCUCCGUCAUCCAAUGUUGAUAUAUUGCUGGAAUCCCAUCAAGAUAGUGACACUGAGGUCGUUGUUACUUUGCCUUCAUUGACUGAAACUUCAGCAAUGUCCCUAGUGCAAGAUGAUAAAGUGCCUCAUAGGGAUGCAUUAAGCAUGCUAUCUGAACGAUUUGGUGCCUGGUGUCUGUUUCUUGUUAUAAUUCCUGUGAUCUUUGCCACUCUGAUAGGAAAAUUAAAAAAGGUGAACAGAAAAGAGAAAGACCAGCCGAAUGCACUGCCCUCAAAAAGGAGGAAAAGUCGGAAAUCUGCACUGAAUAACAGCAUUGUUGAGAAGAGGGACUCUUCAUCUAAUCUUGAGGAUAAACAUACACACAUGGAGAAUGAUAACACACUGUGGUUGAACCUCAACCAACCUAGUGCCAGUGGCAUGGAAGGACGUACAAUUGGUAAAUUAUUUGUUUCUACUAAAGAGAUUGCUAAGGGGAGCAAUGGUACCAUUGUGCUUGAGGGAAUUUUCGAAGGUCGUCCAGUUGCUGUAAAACGCAUUGUCAAGGCCUAUCAUGAUGUUGCUUUAAAAGAAAUACAGAAUCUUAUUGCAUCCGACCGGCAUCCAAAUAUUGUACGAUGGUAUGGGGUGGAGUAUGAUCGAGAUUUUGUGUAUCUUUCAUUGGAACGCUGUAUGUGCAGCUUAAAUGAUCUAAUUCAGAUACAUUUGGAUGAGUUAGUUACAAAGAACCAGGAUGCAGAAACUAUGCUUGAGUAUAGAGUCCAUUUGGAUUCAGUGAAGGGUGUUGUUAUACAGGACACUAACCUGUGGAAUGCAAAUGGCUAUCCUUCUUCUAUAUUAAUAAAAUUGAUGAGGGAUAUGGUUUCUGGGCUUGUGCACCUGCACGAACUGGGAAUAAUUCAUCGAGACCUGAAGCCUCAAAAUGUAUUAAUAAUUAAGGAAAGAUCUUUAUGUGCAAAGCUCUCUGAUAUGGGUAUAAGCAAAUGCCUAGUUGGGGACAUGUCUUCCUUGGGUCAUCAUGCUACUGGAUAUGGCAGUUCGGGAUGGCAAGCUCCUGAACAGCUUCUUCAUGGUCGCCAAACACGUGCAGUGGAUAUGUUUAGUCUAGGUUGUGUCCUCUUCUUCUGCAUCACUGGUGGUAAGCAUCCAUUCGGCAACCGUCUAGAACGUGAUAUCAAUAUUGCAAAAAACCAUGUUGACCUUUCUCUAGUGGAAUAUGUCCCUGAAGCUGUGGAUCUCUUCUCUCAUCUAUUAGAUCCUAUUGCUGAAAUGAGACCAAAGGCAUGGGAGGUGCUUCACCAUCCAUUGUUUUGGAGUUCUGAGAUGCGACUGUCAUUUCUUCGUGACACAAGUGACAGGGUAGAAUUGGAAGAUAGGGAGACUGAUUCGGAUCUUUUAAAGGUGUUAGAAAGUAUAGUGCCAAUAGCUUUGGGUGGAAAAUGGGAUGAAAAGAUGGAACCAGCAUUUAUCAAUAAUAUUGGACGUUACCGGCGUUACAAGUUUGACAGUGUUCGGGACUUGCUGCGAGUCAUGCGCAACAAGUUGAAUCAUUAUAGAGAACUUCCUACUGAAAUUCAGGUUCACUUCUUUAAAUAUGUAUCGAUUUUGGUGAUCCAUUACAAAAUUGAGUGCUUAUAAAGCUCCCAUAUGCGACUAGCAUGCAUACCCGUAGGCAGUUUUACUUAGGGAUAGCAGUGGACCAAGAAAAAAUAAAUAAUUAUCCAAACUUGUUAUGUUUAGACCGGAGAUGAACCAUACGUAUUAAACGAUAAAUGUAUAUGGGGAUAUCUGUAUAAAACCGUGCAGGAAUGGAGGUGAGAUGAAUUGAAAGUCAUCCCUGUCUUGUCUUCACCCCACCCUGCUCCAUUAGGGAUAACUCGUGCCUAAAGGUUUAGGCACGGUACAAUGUGAAUAGUUUUGAGAGAAAUGUUGGUAGCUGUUGGAUGAGUCUAUUUAAGACCUUCAAAUGAAUUUAUUGAAAUUUGUCCAGUUUUAUAUAUAUACAAAUAAUGCAUAUUGUGUGUUGCACGUAAAUAAAUUUAAAUAAUAUUAUUUUUAUAAAAAAUAUGAAUUAUGUGUAAUUAAAU